AUGCACAAAAGGAGAAAGUCAGAGCUGGUCUCAAAGUACCCUGUGUAUGCUACCUGCCCCCAAACAUGGAUUGGAUUUGGAAAUAAGUGUUUUUAUUUUUCUGAAGAAACAGGAAAUUGGACAUUCAGCCAGACCUUUUGUGCCUCUUUAGAAGCUUAUCUUGUUCAGUUUGAAACUGUAGAGGAACUGAAUUUCCUGAAAAGAUACAAAGGUCCUUCUGACCACUGGAUAGGCCUCAGAAGAGAGUCAUCACAUCACAUUUGGAAAUGGACACACAACCCUGAAUACAAUGUCUCGUUUGUCAUCAAAGGAGGUGGGGAAUGCGCUUACCUGAAUGAUAAUGGAGUCAGUAGCGCCAGGGUCUACACAGACAGGAAAUGGAUUUGCAGCAAACCGAGUAACGUCUACAGAUGCCAAGUUACUUCCAGGUCUUUCUGGCUUAACACUGGUGCAAUCAGCUCCUUACCUGAAGCUCACCACCUGACAAGGAGACACGGAAGUGUAUGUACAGAAACAACUGGAUCGUUGAAGCCUCGUAGGAACAUCAUGGCCAGACCUGCAUCAACAAGAGAACUGGAGUCAACGAACCAAGGACAAAGAGUUUCACAAGCCUCCUCAGACCCCUGCUUAUGUCCAGAUGUCUGUGGUUGACCAUUACUUCCUAAUCACAACCAUCCCCUGUUCUGCUUUCCUGAU